AAAAUGCAUAUAACUUUAUUCUAGACUGAGUAGAGUCUAGGCUAGGUCUCAACCGCUACCACUGAGUUCUUUCAAUAAAGAUGCCUCUGCUCCAAACUCCAGGCCCCGCGCCAGAUUUCUCAGCACAUGCUUACUUUAAUAAUACCAUUGGGAACAUCAGUCUAAAGGACUAUAAGGAUAAAAAGUAUGUGUGUAUUUUGUUCUACCCAAUGGACUUUCUGUACUCUGAAACCCUUCUGCCUCUGUCUUACCGGGCAGAAGAAUUUCAUCAAAUGGGAUGUGAAGUAAUGGCAAUGUCCACUGACUCAGUCUAUUCUCAUAAGGCGUUUGCCCAUGCAUCCAAAUCUGAUGGAGGAAUGGGUGGACAAUUCAAACUGCCUCUUCUAGCAGAUAGAUCUGGAAAGAUUUGUAAGAAGUAUGGAGUGUUUGAUCCCGAUGAAGGAACUGCAAGGAAGGCUCUUGUGCUAAUUGACCCUAGCGGUACAGCUAGACAUAUGGUGGCAACAAGUCUCACCAUGGACCGACUGAUUGAUGAUACAUUGAAGGCUCUCGCUACCUUUCAAGGAAAGGCACCUCCAACCCUGCCGUCUUCAGCAAUUUCUGAAGCUUUCCCAGAUAUUCAAUCAAAGCACUCUCUUGUAGCAAAACAUGUAACAAAAGAAAAGUGGGAAAAACUCAACAGCGUCAAGACAAAGACAUCUGGAUUUACUUUGGCUAAGGCUAUUGCAUGUGCUGUUCAAUUUGAUAAUCAGCAUUGUGGUAUUUAUGCUGGAGAUUGGGACUCUUAUAAAGAUUUUGCCCCAAUAUUUGACCCAAUCAUUCAAGAAUAUCAUGGAAUAUCGUCCUCAGCUAGACAUACAUCCAACAUGAACGUUUCAGAUCUAAAAGGAAAUGUUUCGGAAGAAGUUCCAGUUCAUUCAGUGCGAAUAAGGGUUGGAAGAUCUAUUGAUGGUUUUGGACUCUCUCCUGGAAUUACGAGGGAUCAGAGAGUUGGGGUUGAGAAACUCAUGGUUAAAGCAUUUGCCAACCUUACUGGGGAUCUUGCUGGGCAAUACUAUCCAUUAUCAGGAAUGAAUGAAAACGUUCGUCAGCAACUUGUUGAUGAUCACUUUCUAUUUAUGUCUGGAGAUAGGAAUUUGCAAGUUGCUGGCAUGGAAAGAGAUUGGCCAGAAGGACGUGGGAUUUUUCACAAUGAUAAAAAAACAUUCUUGGUCUGGGUUAAUGAAGAAGAUCAGUUAAGAAUAAUAUCCAUGCAGCAAGGUGGCAAUGUCAAAGCAGUAUUUGAACGUCUUAGCAGAGCUAUUAAAGCUGUUCAAGAAUCUAUAAAGAAAGAAUCAGGAAAGGACUAUAUGUACGAUGAAAAGUAUGGUUAUAUUCAUUCCUGCCCAACAAAUCUUGGUACUGGAAUGAGGGCCUCUGUUCAUGUUGAUCUUCCUGGCUGGACUAAGCAUAGUGUAGAUAAGUUGAAAGCAAGGUGUGAAGAGCUUCAUCUCCAACCCCGUGGAACAAGAGGAGAAUCUGGUGGCCAAACAGGGAAUACCUAUGACAUUUCAAAUAAGCAUAGAUUAGGUUAUUCAGAAGUUCAACUUGUUCAAAAGAUGAUUGAUGGAGUCAACACACUUUGGAAGGAAGACAAAGAGUUCCAAAAACAAUAUAAUAUUAAAAUCUAAUUAGAUGCAUGGCUCAAAAGAUUUUUACUUCUAAUAUUGUCAAUAUGUCCUGCAAUGUUUUUACAACAAAGAUUGGGCUUCCAAUUCAGUUUUCUAGUAAUUUUGAAGCUGUAGUUUUUGCACCUUUUAAUGUCAUUACUUAAACAGAAAUGUAGUUUUUUUGUCUUUUCAGGAGAAUGUUUAUUGUUCACUUCUGUUUUUAGAUUAAAGGAUUUAAAUAUA